UGAAAACUAUUUAUAAAUGGCAACGGUUGUUUACAUUUCUCUGUUUUACGGUUCUACGUCAAACUUCAAAUGCUAUUCCAUGUUUGUUUACAACGAUUGAGGAAAUAAGGAAAAAUUGUUUUUAGAUAUUUUGGCUGUAUUUUGAGUGAUAUUUGUGAAAAGUGAAAUAAAAUAAAGGAAAUAUUUACAUCCCGGUCUCCCAUUUCAUUUUUGCUUCGGCCGUGCCUUUCCAAGCAAAAAACAUCGACAUUAACGUAAUUCCUGGUGGCUUAUCCGGUGAAGGAAUCUCAUCCCGUUACUGGGAUUGUUGCAAACCAACUUGCGCGUGGCCUGGAGCCAUAGGAUACAAAACCCCAGUAAAAUCUUGCCAAGCUGACGGUGUUACUGCAAUUGACCCUGAAACACAAUCGGGAUGUGUGGACAAUGGAUCUGCAUACAUAUGUACAAACCAAGCUCACAGGGCUGUAAAUGAUACUCUUGCUCUAGGUUUUGUAGCUGCCAAAUUCAUCCACUCCAAUCGCAACAUGUGCUGUUCUUGUGUUCUUUUUAAAUUCAAACCAGCUGAACUUGCUAACAAACAAAUGAUCGUACAAGUUACCAACACUGGAGGAGAUGACCCUAGUGCCACUACCAACGAGUUUGAUAUUGCAAUGCCAGGAAGUGGAGUAGGAUACUUCACACAAGGCUGUACUUCUCAAUGGCAUACUGAUGUUGCCAGCUGGGGCGACCAAUACGGUGGUGUACGUACCUUACAAGAAUGUUACAAUCUUCCCCAACCAUUAUGGGAAGGCUGUGCAUUUAGAUUCAAUUGGAUGUACGGUUAUUCUAACCCCGAUGUUACAUUUGAAGAAGUCGAAUGUCCACAAGAGCUCAUCGAUAUUAGUGGUUGUCUUCCUGUAUCUCAUCCUUAA